AUUCGAGUCAGUAUCGAUGAUGUUCGAUUUGACCAUGAAGAUGUAAUGACGACUCCACAAGAUAUUUGACAGAGAUAGGUUAUAUUGGAAUUUGGCGGAUUGAAGAGCAUUUGACAAAUUGCUUCUGAGUUUUUAGUUUGGUCUAUUUACUAGAUGGUCGUGAUCAGAUAGGACUGUUCGAGCAAAUGUCAGUGCUAAGGUGUUAAUGUGCAUCACUGCAAUAUGGCGAGUGUUUUUGGCAGUAAUAAUGACAAAAGAUUUUCAAUCGACGAUGCGUUUGAAGAAGAAAAUGACGAAGCUAUAAGAGUUUAUGGUUCCACCACAGAGAGAUCGCCUCUGAAACCGAAAAAUCGUAAUGUCAUAUCAGAAGAUAGCAUCAUUGUGAGGAUUGAAGAUCCAAGUAGGAGUACACGAACUAUAACUAGUACUGCCCCUCGAUUCAAGAGUAUGGACGACACAAUAUCCCGUGAUAGUGAUUCUCUCAUCCAGGAUGGAAAUUAUUACAAUGGAAUGUUUGAUCCAUCACAGUCUUGUUGGAGGCACCCAAAAAUUAGAGAAAAUUGGAAAAUGGUGUUAGCAGCUGUUGUCCUGCUUAUAGUGGGAAUUGGACUUCUGGUGACUGGGGUUGUGGUUGUAUGUAUGCCGGAGAGUGGCAUUCAGGGGUUUGUUUUUUUCCUGGCUGGUUUCAUCUGUUUCAUUCCUGGUGCGUAUCAUGUUGUAUACAUCUACUGGGCAGUGAAAGGCAAAAGGGGAUAUGAUUUCUACCAUUUGCCUCUAUUCAAUUGAGUCUGCUUGGUGCCAAUGUGUUAAUGCUUUCUUUGAUGUAUCAGAAGUUGCUUUUGAGCAAAGAAAUUGUAAUAGAAACACAUACUACAAGUAACUUUUUGAUCAUGACAUGGAUCACUGCUGAUUUUGCUGAGGAACAAUUAAUGUUGCAGGAAAGUUGUAAAUUAUUCAUAAAAGCAAUUGAAAUAUUGUACAGGUUUUUCUUUGACAAUCCAAUAAGCACAAUAAAUUGCAUAAAAUUAAUAUGAAACACUUAAAUAUUAGGUUGUAGUAUUCUUAAAAGAUUUUUUUUUUAAUGGUUUGGUUUCUAAUGUUGUUUUCGUGUUAUUAUUGCUUUGAAAAAAGUUGUAAUUUAGAGAUGAAAUGUGAAUUAAAUGUAAUAGAAAGUUUGUGAAACCAUUCUGUCAGCUAUUCAUGUCUGAUAAUUUAUGUAUUUCUAAAUAAUUUUGUGAAAAUCUGCUAUUGUUUUGUCAAUAUGUACUAUUUUUUGGAAUAGUCAGUAAAUAAUUAACUUGCGAAACUCUAUUUAUGGCUUUCCUACAAUGUAUAUUGAGUAUACAGUAACAUAAUCAUAAAGUCUGUUUGAACUCAAAAUUUUGAAUGUAUAUAAUUAGGUAUGUGAAGAUUAUUGUUAAAGUUUAUUUUGGUCAUAUGUACUCCUUGAAAUUUAUUUGCAUAUAUCUUCUGAGCUUUGCAUAUUUAAAUUCUUUGAAGUAAAAGAUUACAUCCCAAAUGGACAAUAGUUUUGUAAAUAUCAAACUGAGAGGAAAAGCAUUUUAUGAGAGUAUUAGGACAACUGUUGAAGAGGGAACAUGAAAUACAUUUCUAUGAAGGAGUUACUACUUUUUCUGUAUUCUUAAGUAGUGCUCAUUGACAUGAAAUAUGAGUAUCUUUGGAGCAAUUAAUUUGUUACAGUUUUCCUCUUGAAGUUUAUUUUAAGUAUACGUCUUUUGUUAGUUGAAUUAAUGUUUUCCCACCAGCUGUAGGUGUGUGUAGAGGUAAAUGCAAAGAAAAUUAUGGAAUAUCAAAACUGUUUAGUGUAUCUUUGAAAGUACCACUGAUUAUGAUCUUUUGUCUAACCGAUGUUUCAUUUUUAUUAGAACAAAAUUUAUUUUAAAUCUGUUAUGCCCUGAGUGCUUCUUUUUUGUUUCAAAAUUUUUAAACCCAAACUUGCAAAUAAAAUGUUGGUCAGUAUUAUAUCUGAAGUAAAUAGAAUGUCAGGAAAAUGGGAUGAAAAUGUGUCACUUUCGUUAAGUUUCCUCUCAAGCUCAAAUAUAUAAUGCAAUUUUUUAAUAUUCUUGUCUAAUUCCCUGGACUUCGCAUACAAUAUUUGAUGAAAAAUUCUAGUUUUCAUAUAGUUCUUUUUUUAUGAUACCAAAAGUUCUUAAUCUGUGGUACUGAAGUAUAAAGAUGUUUAUAAAUUAAACAGUGAAUUUUUAACAUAGGGUUUAGUCUUUUUUUUAAUAAUACUAAUAUAAUUCAGAAUAAGACUGGUCCUUGUAAGUUGAUUUAAAAAUUAAGGGAGGAAUGUAUCUGGGACGUAUAUUAAUAGUAAUGAAUUGUGAAAGAUCAGGAAAAGCUGCAAAAGUAACCAGUUACUAUAUCUUCUAAGCAAGAAGUUGUUUACUAAUUUCUCACAUAAAUAUCUAUUUUUCUUCGUUUAUUCAAAAUAAAUUUUUCUUCUUAAAAGAUUUCAAUUAUGAAAAUUCUGUUAAAUAAUUUUGAAAUAUUUAUUUGUAGAUACAGCUGUGGGCAUCUUUAAGACAUUUAAACCUAAUGAACUAAUGUAAGUUUCUUUGGAAAUUCAUAUUUGAAUUUGUAAGCUACAUUUAAUUAAAAUGAAUCUGUAAUUCUGUCAUUUAGUUGUUGAAUGUGAAUUCUGCUUGGGAUUAUGCAAUUAUGCAGUAGUUGAUGAUGCAUCUUUUGAGGUUUUAAACAAGCUAUUUUCCUGGUCUUUUAAUAUAUAGUAGGCCUAUUCUACCAACCAAUUUGUAUUUCUUGUUGCUGAUGUUUUACAUGAGUGGAUUGUUAUUUGUAUAGAAAUCUCUCUUGGAUAUAUGUACAUAUUCAUCUGGGCAACAUGGGUUAAAAUGGUAUACAACAACUUUAUUUUUAUUAUUAUUAUUAUUUUUUAUUUUUUAAGAAUAAAAUAUUCUUAUUGUUUGAAAUGAUAUUAUAUUAAAUUCUAUUAGGAUGCAAAGCAACAGAUUAAUGUGAAAUGAUAACUGAAAUAAUUUUUAUACGUACUCAGUGUUGAGAAAUGAUUAUUCUUGCUUCUAGUAAGUAAAAUUUUUUAAGAGAAAUGAAAACUGAAAUUAGUCCAUCUGAAUAUUUUCAUUGCUCUUCAAAGAAAUUGUGAGUCACAAAUGUUUCUUUGCAGUAUCUUUAAGAUCUGAAAUUGGGAUCUGCUCCCAAUUUAAACUGAAAUUGAAAUUACAUAGAACAAGUUAAAGCUGUGAAUUGCUCAGUCUGGAAUGAGGAUCUGUACUUAUUUUAUAUACAUAUAUAUGUCAAACAUAAUUUUUAAGAAAUAUUUUAUUUGCUACAAAAAAAAAGUCAUAUGAUGGCCUAGAUUUCAGGUCGUGUAUUUUAAAAUGAAUUUCACAAACUGUGUUAGAAAACUCAUACAUGUAGAUUAUGAGAGAUCUGAUUUGCUACUUCUAGUCAAAGUCAAUUUAUUAUUGCCAUUGUCAUAUUUUUUUAAUGUGCAUUGUAGAGACCUAAAUUCAGUUCUUUGUUAAUUUUUAGUUUGCCAAUCAAUUGUUUACAGUUUUGCACAUAUGAAAAAUAUAUUCACUUUUUACUAUUUUGGUUAUAUUAACAUAAUGGCAUGGGUGGUAUGAGCAAGAUGUUUCUGUUCAUUUAUAUACCUCUCUUAUUGAAAUAGGUUCUUUUGGAAUAACAGGGUUGAUAAAUGUGGGGUAUUUUGAUAGAGUUUGAGGAAAUUUAGAAAUUUCUUUCCUUCCUAAUUGUAUAAAUUUGGUAUUUAUAUUACAUACUACAGUGUAUUUUGCUUUAAGAAUUUGUAAUUUCCUUGUAUUGGAAAACUUUUGUGACUUCUUUAAAUAAAAAAGAAAUAUAUUUAACAGCAAAGAAGUGGGAAAGAAAAUACUGUUCAUUUUUGUAGGUUGCACAAUACUCUCAUAUUUAAUUAUGGAGUAAAUGAAAAUAUUAUAAUAAUUUUCUUUAAAUAAAACAUUAAAUUGCAAUUUGUCUCUCUUGAAGCUCACAUUUUGAUAAGUGUUCAAAUUUAGCAUGCUCUCUUACAUCGUAUCUUGGUUGUUGUAUAAAAAAAUUCUGUAACUUGCCAUAAAUGUAAUAAUGACAAUCUAUAUUUCUUACGCUUUGAGGUAAUAUGAAAUGCUAUGUUUUAAUAAGAAAUAUUUUUAAGGGGAUUAAUAUCAGAGUUACUUUGCCAAACCUGGUCUAUGUGUAUUUCAAAAUGUAGGCAUUCUAGUUUGAUGGUUUUUCACUUCUUUGCUAUUUAUU